CCAUUUCCCACAGCAAAUUCGAUCUCAACAACAGCAUCAACAGACUCAGAUCAAUUCAAACAACAAGACUAAAUCACAAUCAGCACCUCGCUUCAGACAAAAUGCAGUUCUCCUUUCUCAGCUUCGCUGCCCUCCUGGCGGCCACCUCUGUCAACGCCACUGUGUACUUGGGAUUGCGCACCAACUAUGAUGGGCAUAAAUCCCAGGUGGCAUGGUAUGUUUGAGCUUAUAUGAUGUCCUGACAUGAUCACAAACGCUGACCAGGUCUCCAAAAUCAGGACCAACGGAACUCCAGAGCCCUGCAGCGGUUUCGCCACCAUUGUCGACAGUGACAGCAACCCCUGUGGACGAAACUUCUAUGUCGAUGGCAACAACGGGCCUUUCCGCUUCGAGGGCUGCGGUGGAAAUGGGUUGACCCUCUUCCGCAACGGACAGUUCAACAGCAACUGCAAGUUCCAAAGCCGCACUAUCAACUGCAAUGGAGGAGCAAAGAUUGCUCAAGCCUGGGCUUGCUAUUAGGCAUCAGCCAGCCGGGGCCACCAGAGGUGGGAGUGCGCUCCUUAGGUCUGUUAGAGCAAUGGUCAUCUGUUGUGGAAGGGCGGAGGAUAGGAACAGUGGAGAUCCUGUGCUUGUGCUCAUAACACUGCUUUAUUAUGUUGAUCCAUGCCUAUGACAAUGUCGCCCGGUUUGUCAUGCGUAGAUCGCCCCGAGUUGUGGACAGUAUAGGAAUAUUGUAGCUUCCCUAAUGA